UCCAGCUUUUCCACGGCUGAACAGUGUUCAGAGAGAAAAGAGGACUACAAAGGUCCGACCAGUUUAGAAUCCGCAGAGAAUCCAAAGUAAAGGCAAACCCUUCUAAAUUCUCUCUAUCAUCUUCGAACUCCGACGUAGAUCCCGUCGAGCUACUGUCCGUACUCCGUACGACCAACAAUCAAAUCGAGAACCAUGCCUUCCCGUAGAAGAACCCUCUUGAAGGUUAUCAUCCUCGGUGAUAGCGGGGUUGGAAAGACAUCUUUGAUGAAUCAAUAUGUAAGUAAGAAGUUUAGCAAUCAGUACAAGGCAACUAUUGGAGCAGAUUUCUUGACCAAGGAAGUUCAAUUCGAAGAUAGGCUCUUUACUUUGCAGAUUUGGGAUACAGCUGGCCAGGAAAGAUUCCAAAGUUUAGGUGUUGCUUUCUAUCGUGGUGCUGAUUGUUGUGUUCUUGUUUAUGACGUCAAUUCAAUGAAGUCAUUUGACAACCUUAACAACUGGAGGCAAGAAUUUCUUAUUCAGGCAAGUCCCUCAGAUCCAGAAAACUUUCCAUUUGUUGUUUUAGGAAACAAAGUUGAUGUUGAUGGAGGAAACAGUAGAGUGGUUUCGGAGAAAAAAGCUCGAGCUUGGUGUGCCUCCAAAGGAAAUAUUCCGUACUUUGAGACCUCUGCCAAGGAAGGCAUUAAUGUGGAAGAAGCUUUUCAGUGCAUAGCGAAGAAUGCCCUAAAGAGUGGUGAAGAAGAAGAGAUUUACCUACCUGACACCAUUGAUGUUGCUACCAACAAUCAGCCAAGAUCAACUGGUUGCGAGUGCUAAAUGAUGCCUUUGGCCUAUUUUUGAAGUUACCUCUUGAAUGCUUGAAAUUAUUCGACCCUUUUUAGCGGUUCGUGUGUAUGAAACUACACUGUAAAUUAUUGUUUUGUCAGGAAAACAAAAAUUGACCUAUUGGUUCUGGUCUUCGUGCUUUUCCAUGUAAGUACUCCUUGAUGUGGUCAAGUUAUAAUAUUUAAUUUCAUGUUGGGGAUUCUCCAAA